CAUUCCAGUAUGAGCCCGAUAUUGAAUAUUAUGCUCAUUCAAAAGUGGUAAUUGGUGCUAUAGACAAGGAAUGUCCGCAUUGUCAUGCUCUGAAAUUCAAAAAUGAGCCAGCUGGGAUGUGUUGCGUGUCAGGAAAAGUGCAACUACCUGAAAUUGAAACACCACCUGAACCAUUGAACGGCUUACUUAUCGGCACGGAUCCAGAUUCUAACGUGUUCCUGAAGUCAAUUCGAAGAUUCAAUUCAUGCUUUCAAAUGACAUCGUUCGGAGCAACAGAAAUAGUUCGAAAUACUAAUGCAAAUGGUCAACAAUUCAAUUCUACAUUCAAAAUCAGAGGCCAAGUUUAUCAUAAAAUGGGCUCACUGCUGCCAAUGCCAAACGAACCACAUAAAUUCUUACAAAUCUACUUUAUGGGCGGCGAGGAUUCCGGAAGCGCACUUGCCAAUCGCGUGAAUGCACGUUGUGAUUAUAAUAACCUUGAUUCACUUUAUGCCAGGCGCAUCGUCAGCGAGCUAGAUGCUCUUUUGAACGAGCACAACGAGUUGUUGAAAAUAUUCAAAUCACAUAUGCACCAAUUACAAAGCGAUAAUCACGCUAUCGUCAUUAAUCCUGAUAAAACACCAGCUGGAGAGCAUAUUCGUAGAUUCAAUGCACCCGUUGUUGAUGAUGUUGCUGGAAUCAUGGUUGGCGAUUGUACAGCUGCACGAGAAAUUGUGAUUCGUAGAAGAAAUAAUAAUCUUCAGUUCAUUGCUGACACACAUCGUUCAUAUGACGCUCUCCAAUAUCCGCUAAUAUUCUGGAAGGGACAAGACGGAUAUUGCAUAAACAUAAAACAACGAGAUCCCGUAUCAGGAGCUGAAACAAAUAAGAACGUUAGCUCAAAGGAUUAUUAUGCGUACCGAUUAAUGAUUAGAGGUGGCCUGGACAACGUCAUUUUACGAUGUCGUGAGCUUUGUCAACAAUUCAUGGUCGACAUGUACGCGAAGAUUGAGAGCGAACGACUACGAUACUUACGAUAUAAUCAACAAAAGCUGCGCGCGGAAGAGUACAUUCAUUUGCGAGACGCUAUCAACAACAACGCCGACGUCGCCGAAAUUGGUAACCAUGUCAUUUUACCAUCAUCGUACGUAGGCAGUCCACGUCAUGUGCAAGAAUAUAUACAGGAUGCUCUGACUUUCGUGCGCGAAUAUGGACGACCAUGUUUAUUUAUCACGUUCACAUGUAAUCCAAAAUGGCCAGAGAUUACAUCUUUGCUACUGCCUGGCCAAAAUGCAAUACAUCGCCAUAACAUUACAGCACGUGUGUUCAGACAAAAGUUGAAGUCUUUAAUAAGUUUCAUUACUAAAUUACAUGUAUUUGGUCCCACACGUUGCUGGAUGUAUUCGGUUGAGUGGCAAAAGCGAGGAUUACCUCAUGCACACAUUUUGGUUUGGUUCAUCGACGAAAUCCGUCCUGAAGAAAUCGAUAGUAUCAUUUCUGCGGAAAUUCCAGAUCCAUCCACUGACCAACUGCUGUUUGAUAUUGUUACAACAAACAUGAUUCAUGGUCCAUGUGGUACUCUUAAUAGUUCAUCGCCUUACAUGGCUGAUGGAAAAUACAUUGAUAUUGACAAUCGUUGGGUGGUGCCAUAUUCGCCUCUGCUGAGCAAGACAUAUAAUGCUCAUAUUAAUGUUGAGUUCUGCAGUUCUGUGAAGAGCAUCAAAUACAUUUGCAAGUAUGUCCAUAAAGGCAGUGAUAUGGCUGUGUUUAGAGUGGAAAAUACUAAUGUGAAUGCUCCUCCAGUGAAUAAAAACGAUAAAAUAACGCUCUACCAAAUUGGUCGGUACAUCAGCUCCAACGAAGCUGCUUGGCGUAUCUUUGGUUUUCCAAUUCAUGAACGGGAUCCAGCAGUUGUUCAGUUAGCCAUCCAUCUUGAAAACGGUCAGCGUAUAUUUUUCACGAACGAGACAGCGAUUGAUCGUGCAAUAAAUCCACCUAAAACUACACUCACUGCAUUUUUUGAAUUGUGUAAUCGUGCGGAUGAUUUUGGUGCCUUUGCACGAACAUUACUCUAUUCACAAGUACCACGCUAUUUCACAUGGACUCAAACAAAAACAUGGAUGCCCCGCCAGCAAGGCUCACCAGUUGCUGCAUGUCUCAAUUUAUUUAAAUCAAACGCCUUGGGGCGAUUAUUUACAGUCAAUCCAAGACACACGGAGUGCUUUUAUUUUCGACUGUUGUUGGUUAAUGUUACUGGCCCAUUAUCAUUUCAAGAUAUACGUCAAGUGAAUGGGCAACAAUAUCCAACGUAUAAAGAUGCAUGCCUUGCACUUGGCUUGCUGGAAGACGACAACCAGUGGGAAUGCAUGCUUGCUGAAGCUGCAUUGAACUGUACAGCAAUACAAAUUCGUCUACUAUUCGCUAUAGUGUUGAUUACAUGUUUCCCAGCCCGAGCACAGAUAUUAUGGGAAAAUCACAAAGAUUCAAUGACUGAUGAUAUAUUGCAUCAACAUCGUAUACGGUGCCACGAUCUAAACAUAACAUUCAGCGACGAAAUGUACAAUGAAGCAUUGAUUGCUAUUGAGGAUCUUUGCAUUGUCAUUGCCAACUUACCACUUAGUAAUUUCGGUAUGAAUUCGCCAAAUCGAACUGCAUCUGAUUUAAUAAAUACUGAAAUGAAUCGUGAACUGCAGUACAGUACUGUAGAAAUGGCAGCGAUUGUUUCCCGCAAUGUCCCACUAAUGAAUGAGGAACAAAGAACCAUUUAUGAUCGCAUUAUGCUCGCAGUUUCAGCUGGACAAGGUGGGUUCUUCUUUUUGGAUGCACCGGGUGGAACUGGCAAAACAUUCGUUAUUUCGCUAAUUCUUGCUGAAAUACGAUCAAAUAAUGGCAUCGCAUUGGCCGUUGCAUCAUCGGGCAUUGCAGCAACUUUAUUGGAUGGAGGUAGAACAGCUCAUUCAAAUGUAGCUCUUAAUGAAGAAGAGUCUGCUACUGCCAGUGAAUCCGAUUCCAGUGAACCUGAUGAAAAAGUUCCUUCGAGCAGUGAAGAAGAAUACAGGCCGACCGGUGAAGAGAAAAAGCCAGAGUCAUAUGACCAAAAACAUCUAAAUGAUUUAUUUAGAGAAGCUAAACUCUCAAAAAAAGUCGCUAAAAUAUUGGCUUCGAGUAUGAAAAGGAGAAAUCUUCUGACAAACGGUACUAAAGUUUCAUUUUAUCGGAAUCGAGAGGAGACUUUCCGUAAAUUUUUUGAAAAAAAGGAAGAUUUGCUUCAUUGCACUGAUGUAAAAGACUUGUGGAUGAAUUAA